AUGGAAACUCUAUUGGAAAAAGACCUACCGGAAGGUAAAGAAGAGCGAAUCAGGCUGGCGUUGGAUUUUAUUCGGGAACAACAUAGUAAAGAAGGGACUGAUAAUUCAGAGCAUGAUAUUAAGCCCAAGAAGGACGUGUUGAAACCUAGUAAAUAUGGUAAAAAACGAAAGCCCACAAUCAGACAGAUUGCACUCCAUUUUCAAAUACCUAAGAGUACGCUAUACGAUAGGAUGAAGGCAGAUCAAGGACAAAAGAGGCAAAGAACGAUAACUAAGGCAAACGCCGCUGGAGGCCAGAGUGAUGAAAUCUCUGAUGAAAAUAAUGAACACGAUUUACAAAUGCAGUUAAGAAAUCAGACAACGAGAACGUAUUCUCACUUAUCUCAAAUGAGAUUCAGCCCGGAAGCAGAAUCCGACAUGGUGCGAAAUAUGCAGGGUUAUGUAUUAGCUUAUGGUAAUCUGCCAUUGAUCUCAGAUUUAAGAGAGUGCAUACCCAGCACAACAAGGGCGGUACACUUGGGAAAUAAAUGGAUCACUGGUUUCAUAAGACGACAUGGGGAAGAAACGGUAUAUGGUAUGACGGGCGAGGGGGUAUUGAACGCUAAAUUUAAAGAUUUUAGGCAAUGGAAAAACAAGUUUAGUCAAUUGCAUGAUUUAUUCCUUCGGUGCUUGCAAUCCAAAUUAAAAAGAUGCCAUCAGUUUUACUACAUCUGUAAAUACGUUCCACAUGGCUCAAACGAAGCCAAUAAGAUGAUAUUUUUUGCAUUAAAAGUGAAGAUUCAGCAGGUAAAUGCUGGCACAGAGAAAGAUGUGACAAUAUCUUUGCUAUGUGAACCAAUUACAAGGGAGUUAAGUCCCAUCUCUCCUGAAGAAGCAAAGGAACAAUUCUUACAAGAUCUAAAUUCCAUUUUGAAACGUAUAGACGCUAACUCUACGGACCUAGUCGUUUUGGAAGGGUUAACACAGACGGAACAUUGGGACUGGUCACAAUGUCUAGAAUUAGUCAAAACGCACAAGCUAAACGGUAAAUUGUAUACGGUUCCCUGGGGAAAUGACCUACUCACGAAUUGUUUAAACAAGGAUAAUAAUAUUGCGGUCACUUUUGAGAAAAUCACACAAGAUUCGAAUUCAGCGGUGGCUACCAAAGAUAUGGUUAACUUUACCUCUGUGUCUGUCAUGCUUAAGGAAAUAAUCACCAACGCAACGCCGUUACCAGCCGUUGCCAUCAAUAAUUCGCGCACUCAAAGGGACGCUAUACGGCAAUUAAUUCGAACUAUAUCUGAGAAUGAGUCGCGGUUGUAUAGAGAAAUACAUGAUCCUGAUGCCCGUGUCACUCUUUGCAACAUUUUCAAUCAAGCGCGCUUACUUGAAGAGUCAUUAUCUACUUGCGCUGUUGAACUCACGUGA